GAACUGAACUCACCACCUACAACAAGUUUGACAGCCCAGCCUUUCAGCGCCGAGCAGCAGCAGAUAUCUGGACUUUUCUAUCAGUUUUUAUUUUAUUAUAUUCUUAAUUUCCGUUUAAUCUUCUAAUGGUGGUAUUAUGCGCGCGACCCGCGUCUCGUGCUCGCAAUGAGGGACUUUAAAUGUCCGUAGGUUCUCUCGCUUGGAUCAGCUUGUUUUGUAGUCGUUGCUCCUGUAAAUUAUACAUAAAGAAAAUCGUUUUAUUUAGUUUUGUCGGGCGUCGAGAGGAAGGCGAACAUGUCGAAAAGCGUGGAGGAGGUGAACAAGCUCACUGAAAGUACAUACAAGAAUGUAAUGGAACAGUUCAACCCAGGACUGAGGAACCUGGUCAACCUGGGAAAGAGCUAUGAGAAAUCUGUUAGUGCAAUGUCAAUGGCAGGGAAGAUGUAUUUUGAUGCACUGUCAAAGAUCGGGGAGAAUGCUGCAACGUCUCCGGUCUCCAAAGAGUUGGGUGCAAUACUGAUGGAAGUCUCAGAGGUCCACAGGUCGGUUCAACUUGAACUCGAGGAAAAUUUUAAGAGGUUCCACAGGGAGGUAAUAGCUGAGCUGGAGAGGAAGACUGACAUGGAUGUCAAAUACAUGACAGCCACGUUUAAGAGAUUCCAGAUGGAGCAAAAGAUGAAGCAAGAUUCUCUGGAGAGGGCCCAGGCAGACCUGAAGAAGCUGAGAAGGAAGAGCCAAGGCAAGAACGCCAACAAAUACGAGAACAAGGAGAGCGAGUGCCUGGAAACCUUGACAGGUCGGCAGACGGACAUGCAGUUGUUCCUCGCAGAUAGCUGCAAUGAAGCUCUGCUGGAGGAGAAAAGACGCUACUGUUUCCUUGUUGACAAACACUGCUUAUUCACCUAUCACUUUGCUUCCUUCCACGACAAGGGCAGAGAGAUAUUGGGGGCAAAGCUGAGAACCUGGCAGGACCAGUGCACCGACGCCACAGAGAUGCCCGAGAGCGUUUUGUCGAUGAUCGAAGGACUGAGGAAGCCCGUCACCAUCACGCCGUUGCCUUCGCCCUCCCCAUCACGACACAGCAUGAACAUGACUGCUCCCCCUGCCCCACCUCAGAAGGCUCAGCCAAUCGCUCUGGUUAAUAUGUUCAACCAGGACAACCACACUACCAAUGUAACACCCACCACUAACAACAGCACAGACCACGGGAACGGAGACGAUAAUGGCCUCGCCAGGUCUGUAUCCGUCGCCACCGGCCUCAACAACAUGGCGAAGAAGCCACGCGUUCGUACCAUCUUCCCCCACACUGCUGGCAGCAACAACACACUGCUCAGUUUCAGCGAGGGCGAUGUCAUCAUCCUGCUCAUCCCCGACGAGAGGGACGGCUGGAUGUACGGCGAAAUGGAGAAGAAUGGAAAGAGGGGCUGGUUCCCGUCUUCGUACUGCCGUGCUCUCACUGAGCCUCUGGUGAAUAACAACAGCGACGCUGCUGCCCCGUACCGCAGCAAAAGUGUGGUCAACCUCCACCAUCAGGACACGGAGACGGACGAGGCGACCAUGGUGCUCCCCCCGGCGGACUACAACAGCAACCCCAACCGCCCAUCUGUCAAGACCAACCCCUCGUCCACGAGCAGCGCGGCCACAAAUAACCACCAUCACUCCCCGACGCCCUCCGCAGCCUCCUCCUCCGACCUCAACACGGCAGUCCAGUCAAACGGUGUCUCCAGACCUCCGCCUGCUUACCUGGCCGGAGGAAACCCGUUCUCCUCGGUCAGACUACGUCCCACCGUCACCAACGAUCGCUCUGCGCCGGUCAUCUGAUCAUCCUCAUCUUCAUCUUCAAAUCCCAUCGAGCUUCUCCGGUCACCGCCACGGUCGUGUAGUUCAGCCUCUCACCAUCCAGCAGCUACAUCUGGACCACAGGGGAGGAACUGAAAAUAAAUCGAUAAAAAGGCCAUUUAAAUUAGUGUCACCUUACUGCUACAAUGAAAGAAGUAUUUUGGGAGCGUUUUAUUUCCUGAAUAUAUUUAUGAUCUAUACGUUUUCUAUUUUAAACCAUCUGUGUUGUGGUGAGAUUGAAAUCGCCUAUUUUACCUGCACUUGUGAAGUAUAGCUGAAUAAAAAAGGUCAAAAUAUCUGAAUGUAUUUAUGAUGCUGAUGUUGCUUCUUUGACUGUUUUUUUGUUUUUAGGGACAGCAGGAAUUUAACAUUUCAGCUUUACAUCCGAUCGCUGUUGAAAGGGAUUAAAGUCGACCGAAAGUCGACGGUUGUUGGGAGAGAAAAGAUGUAGAGACGUGUCCGAAAAGGCACAGAUUUUAUUUCCUGUCCAGGUGUAAAUACURAUCCUCACCUAAGUUAACUUUUUGUAACGUGGACACUUGUGCCUUAACACAAACCUGCUGUCAAACCGAUUCAACAGGUUUCCAUCCUUCCUCUGGCCGUGCAGUUGAUCGAGUCAAACGAUUGUACAAUUUGUCGUCCCUCAUUCCCACCUUAAUAUCACUUGCUAUGUAAAAUGAAAUAAAAAAAUAAAGAUUUAUUUCUUCAGUUUGAA